AUGAACCAGAAGCUGUUAGUUUUCCUUCUCCCAAAUUUUUUAUUUGGGAUAUUUCUUUUUGGGUUUUUCUUUAAGAGACAAAAACACCUAACAGAUGCUUUUCCCAGUCCUGCUGAAAAUUGGCUGUCAAUUCAAAAUGGUCGGAAAAACACACUGGCUUCUGUCUGCUUGAAGAAUAACCUUAAUAAACAAAGAAGCAUAUUGGAUUCUCUUGUUGCAAACCAGCUCUUUGUGGAGCACAAGCAUAAAUUUAUCUACUGUGAGGUGCCCAAGGUAGGCUGCUCCAACUGGAAGAGAACUAUUUUUCUUCUUCAAUCAGACUUCAAUGCAGAGGCUUCUGAUAUUGGGCAUGACAACAUUCACCAUACAUCACUAAUCAAAAGGCUGGUUUCUUACCCUCCUGCCUUGCAAAAGGAAUUUCUAAGCAACUACACCAAAGUGAUGUUCACCAGACAUCCCUUGGAACGGCUGGUUUCAGCUUACAGAGACAAACUCCUGCACUCUGAACCAUUCUACAGUACCAAUGUUGCUAAUGAGAUUAGGGCAAUGUUUAGGAAAAAUCAAAAUUCUUCUGAAAAAGUAAGUUUCCAGGAGUUUGUCAGCUUCAUUAUAGCAAAACCACCACAUACUCUUGACAUUCACUGGAAGCCAAUGUUUCUGCUCUGUGAUCCUUGCAACAUUCACUAUGAUAUUGUGGGUAAGUAUGAAACUCUUGGGUUGGAUUCUGAGCAUGUUCUGAAGGUCAUUGGUGCACCAGAGAGCCUGCAAUACCCCAGCUUGAAGAGAUACAGCUCAGAGAAACGAACUGAUGGUGAUAUCACCUUGGAGUAUCUCAGACAUUUGACCUCAGAACAAAUUGAGAAGACAAAAAAAUUGUAUGAAAUGGAUUUUUUUUUGUUCAACUAUACUAUGAAAUAUGAGGAUUAUUCCUCCCUGAAUGACUAA